GCUGCUGCCCAUUGUCCUACCCCAUGAGCUGGUGGCCGCACUGCACAAAUCCGGACAAUUGGACAACAUGUACAACAUGCAGAUCGCAGCAUCGUUCAAUUACUGCCUGCUGGGAGCUGCUCCGACAUAUCUUGAUGCUGCAGAGCUGCGACCGGAGAACGUGGAAGCCCACGAGUCUAUGAUCCCCGAGCUAUGGGUCGCUCCGCCGGGCACGCUCGCGAAGGGAAGAGUGGUCAUGGCUUGGCUUUCGGACUUCGUCCUGGGCUUCAGGGCGACCUUACCGCCGGAUGCCCGCUCGGAGCGUCUGGAUGAGAUGGCAAAGGACAAAAUGGGCAUGGCUUAUGUGAAGUUGGCAGGGAUGUCUGCUGCCGACGGCGAGCGCCUGUGGAUUUUGCGUCCCAAGCUACAC